GCUCCCUCCUUCUUGCUGUCGCUGCCGAGAUCUACGGUUGGGUCGCAGCUCAGUGAGCCCCUACUGCAGGGAACAAGCAAGUGGACCUCCAGGGAGCUCGGGGCUGCCAAGGCACGGUAGCCCUGCCCUGCCUUGAGAACUCCCCUCCCAAGGUCAGGGACAGAGCAGGUGCAGAGGCACUGCAGUCGCCUGUUGCCCAGCCUCCUGAGUGAUGCCAGCCCAGUGGUUCCUAAUCUCCAGACUGGCCCUCUUUGUACUGCUGGGCACAGUCAGAGCAGGCCCUUUCUCUCCACGGUCCAAUGUGACACUCCCAGCCCCACGCCCCCCUCCCCAGCCAGGGGGCCGCACAGUGGAGCCAAUAGGGGGAAGCCCCUCUUCUCGGCUUUAUGAGCACACUGUGGAAGGAGGGGAGAAGCAGGUGGUUUUUACCCACCGCAUCAACCUGCCCCCUUCAGCUGGCUGUGGCUGUCCCCCGGGUACGGAGCCCCCCGUUCCUGCUUCAGAGGUGCAGGCCUUGAAGGUCCGUUUAGAGAUCCUGGAGGAGCUGGUGAAGGGGCUCAAGGAACAGUGCACUGGGGGAUGUUGUCCUGCUGCUGCCCAGGCUGGUACAGGCCAGACAGAUGUUCGUAGCCUCUGCAGUCUCCACGGCGUGUUUGACCUGAGCCGCUGUGCCUGCUCCUGCGAGCCAGGCUGGGGUGGGCCCACCUGCUCAGACCCCACAGGCGCUGGGGUGCCCCCAUCCUCCCCACCCUCAGCCUCCGCGUCCUGCCCAGAUGACUGCAACGAUCAGGGUCGCUGUGUCCGCGGGCGCUGUGUGUGCUUCCCUGGUUACAGCGGCCCCAGCUGUGGCUGGCCCUCCUGCCCCGGGGACUGCAACGGCCGAGGGCGCUGCGUGCAGGGCGUGUGCGUUUGCCGGGCUGGCUUCUCCGGCGACGACUGCAGCCUGCGCUCCUGCCCCCGGGCCUGCAGCCAGAGGGGGCGCUGCGAGGACGGGCGCUGCGUGUGCGACCCCGGCUACACGGGCGAAGACUGUGGAAAGAGGAGCUGCCCUAGAGGUUGCAGCCAGAGGGGGCGCUGCGAGAACGGACGCUGCGUGUGCGACCCCGGCUACACUGGCGAAGACUGCGGGUUGAGGAGCUGCCCCCGGGGCUGCAGCCAGAGGGGGCGCUGCGAGAACGGGCGGUGCGUGUGCGACCCCGGCUACGCUGGCGACGACUGCGGCUCGCGGAGCUGCCCGUGGGACUGUGGCGAGGGCGGGCGCUGCGUGGAUGGCCGCUGUGUGUGCUGGCCCGGGUACGCGGGCGAGGACUGCAGCACCCGGACGUGCCCGCGAGACUGCCGGGGCCGCGGGCGCUGCGAGGACGGCGAGUGCAUCUGCGACUCAGGCUACAGCGGGGACGACUGCGGAGUGCGCAGCUGCCCAGGCGACUGCAACCAAAGGGGCCGCUGCGAGGACGGCCGCUGCGUGUGCUGGCCGGGGUACACGGGGCCCGACUGCGGCUCGCGCGCCUGCCCCCGCGACUGUCGGGGCCGCGGGCGCUGCGAGAACGGCGUCUGCGUGUGCAACGCGGGCUAUAGCGGCGAGGACUGCGGCGUGCGCAGCUGUCCCGGGGACUGUCGCGGCCGGGGCCGUUGCGAGAAUGGUCGCUGCGUGUGUUGGCCCGGGUACACGGGCCGAGACUGCGGCACGCGCGCCUGCCCUGGCGACUGUCGUGGCCGCGGGCGCUGCGUGGACGGCCGCUGCGUGUGCAACCCGGGCUUCGCGGGCGAGGACUGCGGGAGCCGUCGGUGUCCUGGCGACUGCCGCGGACGCGGCCGCUGCGAGGAUGGCGUGUGCGUGUGCAACGCGGGCUACGAGGGAGAGGACUGUGGCGUGCGCAGCUGCCCAGGAGGUUGCCACGGCCGCGGCCAGUGCCUGGAUGGGCGCUGCGUGUGUGACGAUGGCUACUCGGGCGAGGACUGCAUCGUAAGGCUGUGCCCGCGCGAUUGCAACCAGCAUGGCGUGUGCCAGGACGGUGUGUGCACCUGUUGGGAGGGCUACGCUGGCGAGGACUGCGGCCUCCGUACCUGCCCCUCCAACUGCCACCAGCGCGGCCGCUGUGAGGAUGGGCACUGCGUGUGCGAGUCAGGCUACACUGGCCCGUCCUGCGCCACCCGCACCUGCCCGGCCGACUGUCGGGGCCGCGGGCGCUGUGUGCAGGGAGUGUGCGUGUGCCACGUGGGCUAUAGCGGCGAGGACUGUGGGCAGGAAGAGCCUCCCGCCAGCGCCUGCCUUGGGGGCUGUGGGCCCCGGGAACUGUGCCGCGCGGGCCAGUGUGUGUGCGUCGAGGGCUUUCGAGGACCCGACUGCGCCAUUCAGACGUGCCCUAGGGACUGCCUCGGCAGGGGAGAGUGUCGAGAGGGUAGCUGCGUCUGUCAAGAUGGUUAUGCAGGGGAAGACUGCGGGGAAGAAGUGCCAGCCAUUGAGGGCAUGAGGAUGCACCUCUUGGAGGAGACGACGGUUCGGACAGAGUGGACCCGGGCUCCUGGCACUGUGGAUGCCUAUGAAAUUCAGUUCAUUCCCACGACAGAGGGGGUGAGCCCCCCAUUCACAGCACGAGUACCCAGCUCUGCCUCAGCCUAUGACCAGAGAGGACUGGCGCCCGGUCAGGAGUACCAGGUCAUGGUCCGUGCCCUUCGAGGGACUAGCUGGGGCCCUCCUGCCUCCAAGACCAUCACCACCAUGAUCGAUGGCCCCCAAGACCUCCGAGUGGUGGCUGUGACACCAACCACACUGGAGCUCAGCUGGCUGCGACCUCAGGCCGAGGUGGACCGAUUCGUGGUGUCCUAUGUCAGUGCCGGCAACCAGAGAGUGCGGCUGGAAGUACCCUCUGAGGCGGAUGGGACGGUGCUGACUGACCUGAUGCCAGGCGUGGAAUAUGUAGUGACUGUCACGGCAGAGCGGGGCCGGGCAGUAAGCUACCCAGCUUCUGUCAGGGCCAACACAGGGUCCUCUCCCUCAGGCCUCUUGGGGGCCACUGAUGAGCCUCCUCCCUCAGGCCCUUCCACAACUCAAGGGGCCCGGGCCCCUGAACUGCAGCAGCGUCCCCAGGAGCUGGGAGAGUUGAGGGUACUGGGCAGAGACAAGACAGGGAAGCUCCACGUCGCUUGGACUGCUCAGCCUGACACGUUUGCCCACUUCCAGCUGCGCCUUCGGAUGCCCGAGGGGCCGGGGGCACAUGAGGAACUACUGCCAGGGGACGUCCGCCAGGCUCUGGUGCCCUCACCCCCUCCUGGAGUCCCCUAUGAGCUGUCACUUCGUGGGGUCCCCCCGGAGGGCGAGCCCUCUGCCCCUCUCAUCUACCAAGGCAUUAUGGACAGGGAAGGGGUGAAGCCUGGGAAGCCCUUGGCCCCACCGCGCCUGGGCGAACUGACAGCGACUGACAUGACCUCCAGCUCCCUGCUCCUGCACUGGACAGUCCCCGAGGGCGAGUUCGACUCCUUCGUGAUCCAGUACAAGGACAGGGAUGGGCCCCAGGUGAUACCUGUGGAAGGAUCCCAGCGCUCGGCACUCAUCACCAACAUGGACCUUGGUCGCAAGUACAAAUUUGUGCUCUAUGGGCUCCUGGGCAAGAAGAGGCAUGGCCCCCUGGUGGCUGAAGCCAAGAUCCUGCCUCAGAGUGAUCCCAGCCCAGCGACUCCACCCCGUCUAGGAAAGCUGUGGGUGACAGAUCCCACCCCAGACUCACUGCACCUCUCCUGGACGGUCCCUGAGGGCCAGUUUGACUCCUUCUUAGUCCAGUACAAGGACAGGGAGGGACAGCCCCAAGUGAUGCCCGUGGAAGGGCCCGAGCGCUCGGUCAUCGUCUCCUCGCUGGACCCUAACCACAAGUACAGAUUCACUCUGUUUGGGAUUGCCGACAAGAAGCGGCACGGCCCCCUUACAGCCGACGGCACCACCGCCUCAGAGCGGAGAGCGGAGUCCCUCCACCCAGAGUCCCCAGAGCGGCCCCUGCUGGGGGAGCUGUUGGUGGCUCAGGCAAACCCAGACUCCCUGCGCCUGUCCUGGACUGUGACCCAGGGCUCCUUCGACUCCUUCGUGGUCCAGUACAAGGAUGCACAGGGCCAGCCCCAGGCAGUGCCAGUCAGGGGGGAUGAAAACGAGGUCACCAUCCCUGGCCUGGAGUCCCACCGGAAGUAUAAGAUGAAUCUCUACGGGCUUCAUGGCAGGCAGCGUGUGGGGCCUGUGUCCGUGGUGGCCACCACAGCCCCCCAGGAGGUUGUGGAGGAGACGCCCAGCCCCACAGAACCCAGCACGGAGGCCCCAGAGGCCCCCGAGGAGCCCCUCCUGGGGGAGCUGACGGUCACGGGAUCCUCCCCAGACUCGCUGAGCCUCUCCUGGACGGUGCCCCAGGGCCACUUCGAUGCCUUCACUGUGCAGUACAAGGACGGGGACGGGCGGCCGCAGGUGGUGCGUGUCAGGGGUGAUGAGAGCGAGGUCACCAUCGGGGGCCUGGAGCCGGGGCACAAGUACAAGUUGCACCUGUACGGCCUGCACAGGGGGCAGCGCAAGGGCCCCGUGUCCGCCGUGGCCGUGACGGCUCCACAACCAGAAGAGACUCCAGCCACAGAGCCCCCCCUGGAGCCACGCCUGGGAGAGCUGACAGUGACAGAUGUGACCCCCAACUCUGUGGGCCUCGCAUGGACGGUCCCUGAGGGCCAGUUUGACUCCUUCAUGGUCCAGUACAAGGACAGGGAUGGGCAGCCCCAGGUGGUGCCUGUGGCCGCGGACCAGCGUGAGGUCACCAUCGCCGGCCUGGAGCCUGCACGCAAAUACAAGAUGAACUUCUAUGGGCUACAUGAUGGGCAGCGCGUGGGCCCCCUCUCUGUGGUGGCCGUGACUGCUCCCCUCCGCCCGGCCCCAGCUACGGAGUCCUCCCAGGAGCCACGGCUGGGGGAGCUGACAGUGACGGACCUGACCCCAGACUCCGUGACCCUCUCCUGGACGGUCCCCGAGGGUGAAUUCGACUCCUUCGUGGUCCAGUACAAGGACAGGGACGGGCAGCCCCGGGUGGUGCCCGUGCCCACAGACCAGCGCGGGGUCACCAUCCCUGGCCUGGAGCCCAGCAGGAAGUACAAGUUCUUGCUCUACGGGCUUCAGGAUGGGAAGAGACGCAGCCCAGUCUCUGUGGAGGCAAAGACAGCUGCCCAAGGUGACGCCAGCCUUGGGGCCCCACCCCGCCUUGGGGAGCUAUGGGUGACAGAUCCCACCCUGGACUCGCUGCGCCUCUCCUGGACAGUGCCUGAGGGCCACUUUGACUCCUUUGUGGUCCAGUUCAAGGACAGGGAUGGGCCCCGGGUGGUGCCUGUGGAGGGCCAUGAGCGCUCAGUCACCGUCACCCCUCUGGACACUGGCCGCAAGUACAGAUUCCUCCUUUAUGGGCUCCUGGGCAAGAAGCGUCAUGGCCCCCUCACUGCUGAAGGCACCACAGAGUCCUGGAGUGGUGUGCAUGAUGCUAUAACAAAGCAGCCCCCAAAGCCCCGUCUCGGGGAGGAGCUACAGGUGACCAGCGUGACACCAGACUCUGUGAGCCUCGCAUGGACGGUCCCCGAGGGCCAGUUUGACUCCUUUGUGGUCCAGUACAAGGACAGGGACGGGCAGCCGCAGGUGGUCCCUGUGGAGGGCAGCCUCGGGGAGGUCAGCGUCUCGGGCUUGGACCCAGCCCACAGGUACAAGCUGCUGCUCUACGGGCUGCACCAGGGCAGGCGCGUGGGUCCCAUCUCUGCCAUCGCCUUGACUGCCCCCAGAGAACCUGUCAAAGCUGAGGCCCCAAGUCCUCCAGGGCCUGAACCCCACCUAGGGGAGGUGACUGUGGAGGAAGCCACACCAGACACCUUGCAUCUCUCCUGGACCGAGACCGAGGGCGAUUUUGACUCCUUCGAGGUCCACUACACAGACCAAGAUGGGCAACUCCAAAUACUCAGGAUAGAUGGUGACCGGAAUGACGUCAUUCUCUCUGGCCUGGAAUCUGAGCACAGAUACCUAGUGAACCUGUAUGGUUUCCAUGGCCAGCAGCGAGUGGGUCCUGCCCACAUCGAGGCUCUGACAGUCCCAAGGGAAGAGGAGGAUGAACCCUCAGAGCUUCCCAUCAAGCCCCAGCUGGGGGAGCUGGCCGUGACCGACGCCACUCCCGACUCCCUGCACCUCUCCUGGACUGUCCCCGAGGGCCAGUUUGACCACUUCCUGGUCCAGUACAAGAACGGGGACGGGCAGCCCAAGGCGGUGCGCGUGCCAGGGUAUGAGGAUGGGGUCACCGUCUCAGGCCUGCAGCCAGACCACAAGUACAAGAUGAACCUGUAUGGCUUUCACGGUGGCCAGCGCGUGGGCCCGGUCUCUGCCAUUGGGGUGACAGCUGCAGAGGAAGAGACCCCAAGCCCCACCGAGGUGGAGGAGACGCCCAGCCCCACAGAACCCAGCACGGAGGCCCCAGAGCCCCCUGAGGAGCCCCUCCUGGGGGAGCUGACGGUCACGGGAUCCUCCCCAGACUCGCUGAGCCUCUCCUGGACGGUGCCCCAGGGCCACUUCGAUGCCUUCACUGUGCAGUACAAGGACGGGGACGGGCGGCCGCAGGUGGUGCGUGUCAGGGGUGACGAGAACGAGGUCACCAUUGGGGGCCUGGAGCCGGGGCACAAGUACAAGAUGCACCUGUACGGCCUGCACAGGCGGCAGCGCAAGGGCCCCGUGUCCACCGUGGCCGUGACUGAAUACGAGGCUAUGACCACCGAAGCCCCAUCCACCGUGGCCCCUGAGCCUCCCAUCAAGCCCCGGCUGGGGGAGCUGGCCGUGACCGACGCCACUCCCGACUCCCUGCACCUCUCCUGGACUGUCCCCGAGGGCCAGUUUGACCACUUCCUGGUCCAGUACAAGAACGGGGACGGGCAGCCCAAGGCGGUGCGCGUGCCAGGGUAUGAGGAUGGGGUCACCGUCUCAGGCCUGCAGCCAGACCACAAGUACAAGAUGAACCUGUAUGGCUUUCACGGUGGCCAGCGCGUGGGCCCGGUCUCUGCCAUUGGGGUGACAGCUGCAGAGGAAGAGACCCCAAGCCCCACCGAGGUGGAGGAGACGCCCAGCCCCACAGAACCCAGCACGGAGGCCCCAGAGCCCCCUGAGGAGCCCCUCCUGGGGGAGCUGACGGUCACGGGAUCCUCCCCAGACUCGCUGAGCCUCUCCUGGACGGUGCCCCAGGGCCACUUCGAUGCCUUCACUGUGCAGUACAAGGACGGGGACGGGCGGCCGCAGGUGGUGCGUGUCAGGGGUGACGAGAACGAGGUCACCAUCGGGGGCCUGGAGCCGGGGCGCAAGUACAAGUUGCACCUGUACGGCCUGCACAGGGGGCAGCGCAAGGGCCCCGUGUCCGCCGUGGCCGUGACCGACCCCGAAGGGGAGCCCCCUACCAACACUCUUCCGAAGCCACACUUGGGAGAGCUGACCGUGACCAACGCCACCCCUGACUCCCUGCACCUGUCCUGGACAGUCCCUGAGGGCCAAUUUGACCAUUUCCUGGUCCAGUACAAGAACGGGGACGGGCAGCCCAAGGCGGUGAGAGUGCCAGGGAAUGAGGACCAGGUCACCGUCUCAGGCCUGGAGCCCAGUCGCAAAUACAAGAUGAACCUGUAUGGCUUCCACGGUGGCCAGCGCGUGGGCCCGGUCUCUGCUGUCGGUUUAACUAGAAAGGACCACGAAAUGUCAGCCCCCACAGACCCACCCACCACAACUCCCCAGCCUCCCAUCAAGCCCCGGCUGGGGGAGCUGGCCGUGACCGACGCCACUCCCGACUCCCUGCACCUCUCCUGGACUGUCCCCGAGGGCCAGUUUGACCACUUCCUGGUCCAGUACAAGAACGGGGACGGGCAGCCCAAGGCGGUGCGCGUGCCAGGGUAUGAGGAUGGGGUCACCGUCUCAGGCCUGCAGCCAGACCACAAGUACAAGAUGAACCUGUAUGGCUUUCACGGUGGCCAGCGCGUGGGCCCGGUCUCUGCCAUUGGGGUGACAGCCCCACCGAGGUGGGAGACGCCCAGCCCCACAGAACCCAGCACGGAGGCCCCAGAGCCCCCUGAGGAGCCCCUCCUGGGGGAGCUGACGGUCACGGGAUCCUGCCCAGACUCGCUGAGCCUCUCCUGGACGGUGCCCCAGGGCCACUUCGAUGCCUUCACUGUGCAGUACAAGGACGGGGACGGGCGGCCGCAGGUGGUGCGUGUCAGGGGUGACGAGAGCGAGGUCACCAUCGGGGGCCUGGAGCCGGGGCGCAAGUACAAGUUGCACCUGUACGGCCUGCACAGGGGGCAGCGCAAGGGCCCUGUGUCCGCCAUGGCCGUGACCGCCCCCCAGGACCUGGUGGAGGAGACGCCCAGCCCCACAGAACCCAGCACGGAGGCCCCAGAGCCCCCUGAGGAGCCCCUCCUGGGGGAGCUGACGGUCACGGGAUCCUCCCCAGACUCGCUGAGCCUCUCCUGGACGGUGCCCCAGGGCCACUUCGAUGCCUUCACUGUGCAGUACAAGGACGGGGACGGGCGGCCGCAGGUGGUGCGUGUCAGGGGUGACGAGAACGAGGUCACCAUCGGGGGCCUGGAGCCGGGGCGCAAGUACAAGUUGCACCUGUACGGCCUGCACAGGGGGCAGCGCAAGGGCCCUGUGUCCGCCAUGGCCGUGNAGAAAUACGAGGCUAUGACCACCGAAGCCCCAUCCACCGUGGCCCCUGAGCCUCCCAUCAAGCCCCGGCUGGGGGAGCUGGCCGUGACCGACGCCACUCCCGACUCCCUGCACCUCUCCUGGACUGUCCCCGAGGGCCAGUUUGACCACUUCCUGGUCCAGUACAAGAACGGGGACGGGCAGCCCAAGGCGGUGCGCGUGCCAGGGUAUGAGGAUGGGGUCACCGUCUCAGGCCUGCAGCCAGACCACAAGUACAAGAUGAACCUGUAUGGCUUUCACGGUGGCCAGCGCGUGGGCCCGGUCUCUGCCAUUGGGGUGACAGCUGCAGAGGAAGAGACCCCAAGCCCCACCGAGGUGGAGGAGACGCCCAGCCCCACAGAACCCAGCACGGAGGCCCCAGAGCCCCCUGAGGAGCCCCUCCUGGGGGAGCUGACGGUCACGGGAUCCUCCCCAGACUCGCUGAGCCUCUCCUGGACGGUGCCCCAGGGCCACUUCGACGCCUUCACUGUGCAGUACAAGGACGGGGAUGGGCGGCCGCAGGUGGUGCGUGUCAGGGGUGACGAGAACGAGGUCACCAUCGGGGACCUGGAGCCGGGGCGCAAGUACAAGUUGCACCUGUACGGCCUGCACAGGGGGCAGCGCAAGGGCCCCGUGUCCACCGUGGCCGUGACCGGAAAGGACCACGAAAUGUCAGCCCCCACAGACCCACCCACCACAACUCCCCAGCCUCCCAUCAAGCCCCGGCUGGGGGAGCUGGCCGUGACCGACGCCACUCCCGACUCCCUGCACCUCUCCUGGACUGUCCCCGAGGGCCAGUUUGACCACUUCCUGGUCCAGUACAAGAACGGGGACGGGCAGCCCAAGGCGGUGCGCGUGCCAGGGUAUGAGGAUGGGGUCACCGUCUCAGGCCUGCAGCCAGACCACAAGUACAAGAUGAACCUGUAUGGCUUUCACGGUGGCCAGCGCGUGGGCCCGGUCUCUGCCAUUGGGGUGACAGCUGCAGAGGAAGAGACCCCAAGCCCCACCGAGGUGGAGGAGACGCCCAGCCCCACAGAACCCAGCACGGAGGCCCCAGAGCCCCCUGAGGAGCCCCUCCUGGGGGAGCUGACGGUCACGGGAUCCUCCCCAGACUCGCUGAGCCUCUCCUGGACGGUGCCCCAGGGCCACUUCGAUGCCUUCACUGUGCAGUACAAGGACGGGGACGGGCGGCCGCAGGUGGUGCGUGUCAGGGGUGACGAGAACGAGGUCACCAUCGGGGGCCUGGAGCCGGGGCGCAAGUACAAGUUGCACCUGUACGGCCUGCACAGGGGGCAGCGCAAGGGCCCCGUGUCCGCCGUGGCCGUGACCGACCCCGAAGGGGAGCCCCCUACCAACACUCUUCCGAAGCCACACUUGGGAGAGCUGACCGUGACCAACGCCACCCCUGACUCCCUGCACCUGUCCUGGACAGUCCCUGAGGGCCAAUUUGACCAUUUCCUGGUCCAGUACAAGAACGGGGACGGGCAGCCCAAGGCGGUGAGAGUGCCAGGGAAUGAGGACCAGGUCACCGUCUCAGGCCUGGAGCCCAGUCGCAAAUACAAGAUGAACCUGUAUGGCUUCCACGGUGGCCAGCGCGUGGGCCCGGUCUCUGCUGUCGGUUUAACUAGAAAGGACCACGAAAUGUCAGCCCCCACAGACCCACCCACCACAACUCCCCAGCCUCCCAUCAAGCCCCGGCUGGGGGAGCUGGCCGUGACCGACGCCACUCCCGACUCCCUGCACCUCUCCUGGACUGUCCCCGAGGGCCAGUUUGACCACUUCCUGGUCCAGUACAAGAACGGGGACGGGCAGCCCAAGGCGGUGCGCGUGCCAGGGUAUGAGGAUGGGGUCACCGUCUCAGGCCUGCAGCCAGACCACAAGUACAAGAUGAACCUGUAUGGCUUUCACGGUGGCCAGCGCGUGGGCCCGGUCUCUGCCAUUGGGGUGACAGCUGCAGAGGAAGAGACCCCAAGCCCCACCGAGGUGGAGGAGACGCCCAGCCCCACAGAACCCAGCACGGAGGCCCCAGAGCCCCCUGAGGAGCCCCUCCUGGGGGAGCUGACGGUCACGGGAUCCUCCCCAGACUCGCUGAGCCUCUCCUGGACGGUGCCCCAGGGCCACUUCGAUGCCUUCACUGUGCAGUACAAGGACGGGGACGGGCGGCCGCAGGUGGUGCGUGUCAGGGGUGACGAGAACGAGGUCACCAUUGGGGGCCUGGAGCCGGGGCACAAGUACAAGAUGCACCUGUACGGCCUGCACAGGCGGCAGCGCAAGGGCCCCGUGUCCACCGUGGCCGUGACUGAAUACGAGGCUAUGACCACCGAAGCCCCAUCCACCGUGGCCCCUGAGCCUCCCAUCAAGCCCCGGCUGGGGGAGCUGGCCGUGACCGACGCCACUCCCGACUCCCUGCACCUCUCCUGGACUGUCCCCGAGGGCCAGUUUGACCACUUCCUGGUCCAGUACAAGAACGGGGACGGGCAGCCCAAGGCGGUGCGCGUGCCAGGGUAUGAGGAUGGGGUCACCGUCUCAGGCCUGCAGCCAGACCACAAGUACAAGAUGAACCUGUAUGGCUUUCACGGUGGCCAGCGCGUGGGCCCGGUCUCUGCCAUUGGGGUGACAGCUGCAGAGGAAGAGACCCCAAGCCCCACCGAGGUGGAGGAGACGCCCAGCCCCACAGAACCCAGCACGGAGGCCCCAGAGCCCCCUGAGGAGCCCCUCCUGGGGGAGCUGACGGUCACGGGAUCCUCCCCAGACUCGCUGAGCCUCUCCUGGACGGUGCCCCAGGGCCACUUCGACGCCUUCACUGUGCAGUACAAGGAUGGGGACGGGCGGCCGCAGGUGGUGCGUGUCAGGGGUGAUGAGAACGAGGUCACCAUCGGGGACCUGGAGCCGGGGCGCAAGUACAAGUUGCACCUGUACGGCCUGCACAGGGGGCAGCGCAAGGGCCCUGUGUCCGCCGUGGCUGUGACCGCCUCUCUGCCCACAGAGCCCCCUGUGGCACCCCGCCUGGGGGAGCUAGCUGUGGCAGCCGUGACCUCCGACACAGUGAGCCUCUCGUGGACGGUGGCCCAGGGCCUCUUCGACUCCUUCCUGGUCCAGUACAAGGAUGUGCAGGGGCAGGCCCAGGCGGUACCUGUGGAUGGGCACCUCCAUGAGAUCACCAUUUCGGGCCUGGACCCGGCCCGCAAGUACAAGUUCCUACUCUUCGGCCUCCGGGACGAGAAACACCAUGGCCCAGUGUCUGCAGAGGCUAAGACGCUCGCAGCCACGAAAGGUCCCCGCCUCGGGGCACUAACAGUGACGGACCUGACCCCGGACUCCGUGAGCCUCUCCUGGACGGUCCCCGAGGGUGAAUUCGACUCCUUCGUGGUCCAGUACAAGGACAGGGACGGGCAGCCCCGGGUGGUGCCCAUGGCCGCGGAUCAGCGCAGGGUCACCAUCCCCGGCCUGGAGCCCCGCAGGAAGUAUAAGUUCUUGCUCUAUGGGCUGGCAGGCAGGAAGCGCCUGGGCCCCGUCUCUGCCGAUGGCACCACAGCCCCUCUGGAGAAGGAGCAGCAGCGCCCACCCCGCCUUGGGGAGCUGAUAGUGACAGAUGAGACCCCAGACUCCCUGCGCCUCUCAUGGACGGUGGCCCAGGGCCCCUUUGAUUCCUUUGUGGUCCAGUACAGGGACCCAGCUGGGCAGCCCCAGGCAGUGCCUGUGGCCAAAGACCAGCGAGAAGUCACCAUAGAGGGCCUGGAGCCUGGCAGGAAAUACAAGUUUCUGCUGUAUGGGAUCCACGGAGGACAGCGCCUGGGCCCCAUCUCCGUUCUGGGAGCGACAGCCCCGGAAGCGGACACGCCAGCCCCCUGGCGCCCAGCCACAGAGGCCCCCGAGCCCCCCGCAGGGCCCCAGCUAAGGACACUGGCAGUGAGCGACAUAACCCCAGACUCCCUGCGCCUCUCGUGGAGUGUGGCCCAGGGCACCUUUGACUCCUUCGUGGUCCAGUAUCAGGACAUAGACGGGCAGCCCCAGGCCUUGCUCGUGGGCGGCAACCAGAACAAAGUGCGAGUGUCAGGCCUGGAGCCCAGCACCUCCUACAGGUUCUUCCUCUAUGGCCUCCACGAAGGGAAGCGCCUGGGGCCUGUCUCAGCUGAUGGCACCACAGGGCCUGCUCCUGCCGGCCUGACCCCAGGGGAGCCAGGGCCCCGCCUGUCCCAGCUGUCGGUGACCGAUGUGACCACCAGUUCACUGCGGCUUAACUGGGAGGCCCCCCCGGAGGCCUUCGACUCCUUCCUUCUCCGCUUUGGGGUCCCAUCCCCAAGCACUCUGGAGCCGCACCUGCGUCCCCCGCAGCAGCGGGAGCUGACGGUGCCGGGGUCACGGCGCUCUGCCGUGCUCCGGGACCUGCACCCGGGGACCCUGUACAGCCUGACGUUGUAUGGGCUGCGUGGGCCCCAUAAGGCCGACAGCAUCCAGGGCACAGCCCGCACCCUCAGCCCAGUUCUGGAAAGUCCCCGGGACCUUCAGUUCAGCGAAAUCGGGGAAACCUCGGCCCAGGUCAGCUGGAUGCCUCCACCAUCCAGAGUGGACAGUUUCAAAGUUUCCUACCAGCUGGCAGAUGGAGGGGAGCCGCAGAGUGUGCAGGUGGACGGCCGCACGCGGACCCAGACACUCAAGGGGCUGAUCCCAGGCUCUCAUUAUGAAGUGACCGUGGUCUCUGUCCGGGGCUUUGAGGAGAGUGAGCCUCUCACAGGCUUCCUCACCACAGUUCCUGACGGCCCCACCCAGCUUCGAGCGUUGAACUUGACGGAGGGGUCCGCGUUGCUGCACUGGAAGCCCCCCCAGGCCCCUGUGGACAAGUAUAACGUCCGUGUCACAGCCUCGGGGGCCCCCCCGCUGCAGGGCUCGGCCCCUGGCGGUGCCAUGGAGUACCCUCUGAGUGGCCUUGAGCUCCACACCAACUACACAGCGACUGUGCGUGGUCUCCGGGGCCCCAACCUCACCUCCCCAGCCAGCAUCACCUUCACCACAGGGCUGGAGGCCCCCCAGGACUUGGAGGCCAAGGAAGUGACCCCACGCACAGCCCUGCUCACUUGGACUGAACCCCAAGUCCCACCGACUAACUACCUGCUCAGUUUCAACACCCUUGGUGAACAGACCCAGGAGAUCCUGCUCCCAGGAGGGGUCACCUCUCACCAGCUCCUGGGCCUCUUUCCCUCCACCGCCUACAGCGUGUGGCUCCGGGCGAUGUGGGGCGAGAGCCUCACACCGCCUGUGUCCACCUCCUUCACCACCGGUGGACUUCCAAUCCCCUUCCCUCGGGACUGUGGGGAGGAGAUACAGAACGGAGCCAGCACCUCCCGGGCCACCACUGUCUUCCUCAAUGGCAACCGCGAGCGGCCCCUGAAUGUGUUUUGUGACAUGGAGACCGAUGGGGGCGGCUGGCUGGUGUUCCAGCGCCGCAUGGACGGACAAACAGACUUCUGGAGGGACUGGGAGGACUACGCCCACGGCUUUGGCAACAUCUCUGGGGAGUUCUGGCUGGGCAACGAGGCCCUGCACAGCCUGACGGCAGCGGGCGACUACUCCCUGCGCGUGGACCUGCGGGCUGGGGACGAGGCCGUGUUCGCGCAGUACGACUCCUUCCGAGUAGACUCGGCGGCGGAAUACUACCGCCUUCAUCUGGACAGCUACCACGGCACAGCAGGCGACUCCAUGAGCUACCACAGCGGCAGUGUCUUUUCCGCCCGGGACCGAGACCCCAACAACCUGCUCAUCUCCUGCGCGGUCUCGUACCGCGGGGCCUGGUGGUACAAGAACUGCCACUACGCCAACCUCAACGGGCUCUAUGGGAGCACAGUGGACCACCAGGGGGUGAGCUGGUACUACUGGAAGGGCUUCGAGUUCUCUGUGCCCUUCACGGAAAUGAAGCUGAGAUCAAGAAGCUACCGGCCCCCAGUGGCCCAGGGAGGCUGACCACCGCUCACCUCUCCGGCGCCCCAGAAUGACUGCCGAGCACUGAGGGGUCGCGCUGAGAGAAGAGCCAGGGGCCACCGUCACUAUCUGCCACCGGAGGGAGCCUUCUCCGUCUGCGAUCUCACAGCACCAUGUUUACAGGGGGGAGGGAAGGGGUUUGUACGGGAGUAAUAAAAGGAGAAACUGA